UAAUAGAAAAAAAAAAAAAUAAAAAAAAAAAAUACAUCAAUAACUUCAAUUUUGUUUUACGGCAUUCAUGUCUUGAAAAUCGGGGAUGAAUUGUGCGCAGUAAAGGAAAAUGCUGCUUUGGAUUGUGCUGCUGAAGGCGACUCUUUGUGUUGCUGUUGGAAAUGUUACAAGGGACAUUUGCAAAGAGCAGAUCUGCUUGUGCAGUGAAGUAGAGGGCGACUUGCAAAUCGACUGCGAAAAGAGGAGCUUUACAAAUCUGCAGCAUUUGACCGGUCCCAGCUCGCAGUUCUAUCACUUGCUGCUGCACGGCAAUUCCUUGACCAGACUGUUUCCCAACGAGUUCGCCAACUUUUACAAUGCUGUCAGCUUGCAUCUGGAGAACAACGGCUUGCACGACAUCGUUCCCGGCGCUUUCCUGGGACUGCAGCUUGUCAAACGGCUGCACAUAAACAACAACAAGCUGCGCUCCUUCAAAAAGAGUACAUUCCUGGGCUUGGAUGAUCUGGAGUAUCUGCAGGCUGAUUUCAAUCUGCUGCGAGAUAUUGACCCGGCCGUGUUCAGGGACCUAAAUAAACUCGAAGUCCUGAUCCUCAACGACAACCUCAUCAGCGCACUCCCCACCAAUGUGUUCCAGCACGUUCCGAUAACCCACCUCGAUCUGCGUGGGAAUAGAAUCAAAACUUUGCCUUAUGAAGGGAUUCUGGAGCAGAUACCAGGGAUUUCAGAGGUUUUGCUCGAGGACAACCCUUGGGAAUGCAACUGCGAUCUGGUUCCCUUGAAGGAAUGGCUGGAGAACAUCCCCCCGAAUGCUUUGAUCGGACAGGUCAUCUGCGAGGCCCCCACCAGGCUGCAGGGCAACGACCUGAACAAGACGUCAGAAGCAGAUCUGUGUCCUUCAAAGGGCGGGUUCGACUCCAGCUUAGCUGCCCCUCCCACCCAAGAAGAGACUGCCGAUGCUGGACCUCUGGCAACGCCGUACAAGACGCACAGCGAGACAGAGUCCCCCACGCCAGGAUCUGCUCACAGGUGGCGUUCAAUAUCGCGGGAAACCUGGCCGCAGAGGAAUAAACCCACAGCCGUGGCAAAGCUGAACGGAAACAACGAGCGUCCCUACAAUGCGUCCUGCCCGUCGUCAUGCAGCUGCAAGCUCCUCGAACCCAGACAAGGUGUCAGGGUCAACUGCGAGGGCAAGAAGAUUGCCAGCGUAUCUAGUCUGAAACCUCGACCACGGCACGUGCAUGAGCUCAACCUGAGAGACAACAACAUCCAUAGUGUAAAAAAGAACCAGUUUCAAGAUUACCAAAACAUGACCCUGCUCGAUCUGGGGGGGAACAAUAUAAAGUUAAUCGAAAACAGCACUUUUCAAAACCUCACAGCACUGAGGUGGCUGUACAUGGAUAAAAAUUACUUGGAUAUACUGUUUGCGGAAAUGUUCGUUGGCCUACAAAACCUGGAAUAUCUAAGUUUGGAAUAUAAUGACAUUCAGCUCAUAAUGCCCGGCACUUUCAACCCUAUACCUAAUCUGAGGGUUCUGUUCCUCAACAAUAAUUUGUUGAAGUCGCUGCCAGUGGAUGUUUUUCUUGGAGUGUCCUUGUCAAAGAUAAGCUUGCACAACAAUUACUUUACAUUUCUUCCCUUGGCCGGCGUCUUAGACCAGCUCAGUUCCAUUAUACAAAUUGAUUUGCAUGGUAAUCCGUGGGAGUGCUCUUGCAGCAUCCUGCCUUUCAAGGAGUGGACGGAGAAGCUGGGGUCGGAGGUCGUGGUCAGCGACCUUAAGUGCGAGUCCCCUGAAGAGUUCUGGAAAAAAGAUUUCAGACUCAUCAGUAAUGAACUCCUGUGCCCCCAGCUUUACAAUAAGAUCCUGCCCACAUCUUUGUCCAGAAACAGCACACUGGCCGCAGACUCCGGGACGCGCUCCAACUCGUACCCGGAGCCGAGCAGAGUGUCCAUUUCUGUGUUGGUGCCUGGGCUGCUGCUGGUGUUUGUCACGUCUGCUUUCACAGUUGUUGGGAUGUUGGUGUUUAUCUUGAGAAAUAGGAAAAGGUCCAAGAGAAGAGAUGGCAACUCAUCGGCAUCGGAGAUCAAUUCCCUGCAGACGGUGUGUGACUCGUCAUACUGGCACAGUGGGCCGUUCCAUGCAGACGGACCCCACAGGGCAUACGACUGUGGCACCCACACACUUUCUGACUAA